ACAUUACUGCAAAUUGUUUCCAGCAAGAACUCUGUGAUAUACGCACCGGGACGGUCUUUUUUUUUUUUGCGUGUAUGGACAGAAAACUGUCAGCCUUUUUAAAAAAAAAAAAAAAAAAAAAAAAAUCCCAAUUCGGCUCUAUUUCCGAAUGCUGCUCCAUAACACGCCACAGUAUUAAAAGCGCAGCACGCACAAAAAAUAGGAAAUGUUGUCAGAGUUUCAGUUCGGUUGUAUUUUCAUCAGCACUCGUCUCCUCAACUACAGAAAAUCCAGUUUUUUUGAAGCAAGGUUCAAGGUUGUUUGCUAACUGACAGAGUUAGGGGGGCAAUUUGUGUGCUGAUCUGCAUCGUUUUUCUCCUUUCAGCCAUGCUUGCUGUCAGUGCUGUUUUUUCAAACUGUAAAUCCGACACUGCGUACAAGGAUUAAAUAGCCAAGGAGACUAAAAUGGCCCAGGAAUCCCCAAGAAACACAGCCGCUGAAAUCUCAGUGACCAGUAACAGAGAUUCAGAUGGCACACGUGAAGAUGCUUUCCAGAUGGACCUGAAACAUGGCAUGUCUGGUGGAGUGAAUUUGUCAGAAAACCACAUCUCUUCAAGUAACUAUGGGGCCACAGCAGAGGGAAUCAUUGAAGCAGGGCCAAAAAAAGACAUGAUGAAAGUUGAACCUGUAAGUGGGCCAGUAGUUCUUUCAGAUGACCUUAAGAAUCCUGCAAUGGAGAAGCUAGAGCUUGUGAGAAAAUGGAGCAUCAACACAUACAAAUGCACAAGACAGAUCCUGUCAGAGAAGUUGGGGCGAGGUUCUAGAACUGUGGACUUGGAGCUGGAGGCACAGAUAGAAAUUCUGCGAGACAACAAGAGGAAGUACGAGUAUGUGGUGAAACUGGCGCAGACACUGGGAUCACAGCUGUACCAGAUGGUGCAGACCCAGAGGCAGCUCGGAGAUGCUUUUGCAGACCUCAGUUUAAAAUCGCUCGAGCUCCACGAGGAGUUUGGCUUCAAUGCAGAGACCCAAAAACUUCUGUCCAAAAAUGGGGAGACGCUCUUGGGGGCCAUUAACUUUUUCAUUUGUAGUGUGAAGACCUUGGUAGACAAAACCAUUGAAGACACCAUGGUCAACAUCAAACAAUAUGAAAAUGCCAGGGUAGAGUACGAUGCAUACCGUACAGAUUUAGAGGAGCUUAAUCUUGGACCUCGGGAUGCCACUACAGUUCCAAAGAUUGAGCAAUCUCAGUAUGCAUUCCAGGCAUGCAGAGAGAAAUAUGAAAAAAUGCGCAACGAUGUCUCUAUUAAACUGAAAUUUUUGGAAGAAAACAAGGUAAAAGUAUUGCACAAUCAGCUGGUUCUCUUCCACAACGCUAUUGCAGCUUACUAUGCCGGGAACCAGAAGCAGCUUGAACAGACCCUCAAACAGUUCCACAUCAAGUUGAAAACUCCCGGAGCAGACACCCCAUCCUGGCUGGAAGAGCAAUAAUCACACUAGGAACCACACUGACGACCAGCUAAUCUGUUGAUCAAAUCAGUAAAGCUAGAGGAGGUGGGUAGGCUUAGAAAGGGGAGUGGAAGUGUAGGGAAGAGAAGAUUAAAUUAACAAUAUUUUUCCGUUUUUGUUUCUGCUCUCUUUUGUAGAAUCGUAGCAUUUAAACGAAGAAUAUUUAUCAAAAAUGCAUUUUUGUGAAUUGAAACCUAAUUUUUACUCCUGAAAAGUCAUGUUUCCUGUGUUUUAUAUGUGGGAUAAUUAAGAAACCAUCUAGGGACAUUUUUGCACUGAAAAGAUUCCUUUUGUGAUCAUGUCUUUGAUUAAAUUGUCUUCUGUUCGGAUGUUGAAAGCUUGUUCUAGGAUUAUUGUUGGCGUCUGAAAUGAAAUUUGUAUAUUAAACAUGUUAACAAAGGCAGAGCAAUACGAAAAUGAAUCUUCAUGCAGCUCCCAUUCUGCCUCAGCGGCUGCUGUUGACAUGCAAACUGCACUCCAGAUAGCAGAACACAUUUUUAAGUACGCUGAACUUGUUUAUAAAACGAGGGCCAUUUGCAGUGUAUCAACUCAAUGGGUGUUAACAUUGUCUUUUUAUAUUAAUAGAGGGUGUGUGUUUUUUUGUUUUUGUGGGUUGUGUUUUGUUGUUUUCUGAGCACCAAAUUGAACACCAGUUAUAUUUUAUAAUUCUAAUAUGAAAAGAUGGAUCAGCCUUAACAUGAAACUGUGUGCCUUUUUUAAACAACAGUUGAAAUGGUUUUGUGAACUGCAAGUUGAGUUAAUCAAAACCGUACGUAACAAAGCUUGAGUGUUCUUUUCAACUUUGUCAUAUACUUUAUAUUUUCUUUACUAACCAAACUUAAU